AUACACAGCAAAAUCUGCAGUGUUAAUUAGUGUCAAUUUUCUGGUGAAAAUGAUUUAGAGUUGAUGGUUGUUGAAUCCUGGUGUGGUUUGAACACCCACGGUGUCCAAAUAGCUCUUGGGGUGGAGCUAACAGCGCGAGUUAAGCGCCAACUCUCCUGUCGAGUUCAUUUCUACAUCCGGUCUGAGAGGAGAGCGGGCAACUCUAGAAAGUUCCAGGCAGCGCGGGCUAGCAGAUGCAGUGUCAAGUUUUCAACGUCAAACGAAAUCAUCAUGUUGCUGAAGGUGAAACACCAAAGUUCCAAGAAGUACAUACGGUUACAGCCAGGGUUCACAUAUUUGGAGUUCAUCAGUGAAGUCAAAAACAAGUUUGGGCUUCCUGAUGUCACAGAACUGCACAUUUUUGAUGAGACUGAUACAGCAGUGGAGGAAGACAUCUUUCUUGAACUGAUAGAGGCCAAUCCUGACAUAUGCCUGACUGUAAGUGACAGCUCAGCAGGUGAUGCUCAUUCAACCUCAUCCUCCCUCACGGAUACCGUGUCACUAUCGUCUAGUGACAGUGAUCUUCACAGAGAUUUGGGGAUCCCUGUUACUGGAAGUAGAUUGAGCUCUGGGGUCAAGAACAAGUCUACCACAGAAGUUUCAGAGUCUGAGGCUGCAAAAGAGAUGGUAGAGAAUGCAUUGCAUGUAAAACCUGGAGGUGAGGAUGUCUUGGAAGAGUACAAGUUGGAGAAAUCCCUGCAGCAUCGCACGCGCAGGCAACUUGUUAACAUACUGGCUAGUCAUAUGACUGAGAUGCACGGGAGGAUUCCUUCACGUAAGCAGAAAGAGAAGUAUGCCCUGGGAAUCAUUACGCUUUUUCCUUCACUGAAGGAUCCUUUUUCUCCAAAAGGCUACGUAAACCAAGACUUCCAACUGUUGCUUGGAGCUGAAACCUCUUCUAAAAUGCUUGAGAAAUGGGACACGACAUUUAAACCCAAGGUUAUUGAUGAGGCCCGAAAUCUGACUCAAUCAGCGGAGGUUCGCCAACUUCUGAAAGCUGCUGAGAACCUUUCAACAGAUGAUGACUCCAACUGGGACAGUGAUAUGGCUUCUCUGCUGCUCCUUCUUCAUUUGUUGCCACCCACUGCUGGUCGAAAGAGGACAAAAAUUAGCCCCUGUGAUGCGGUGGACAAAAUGGUGCACUUUCACAAGUCAAACUGCAGCAUUGAUGAACACCUGCAGAGACGAGAGGGGAAGCAGCCAUACAUUCUUGCAGUUGGUCGCACACCAAACAAAACUGGUGCAUUCUACAUUGUUGUGGACAAGCACCUCAUCCCCUGCCAAGCCACCAGCUCAUUGGGUGCUUUUGAUGAACUGUUCAAAUGUCACUACGUUUUCAACCUGUCCUAUGAUGAGUCCCUGGUCCAGCUCUUCACCUUUGUGCAAACAACGAUCUACAACAUCGACGCUACAACAACAAGUGGAUCUCCAAGAGUUUGUGAGCUUCGAGCAAAAUUCUUUAACUAGGUUUAAAAAAUGUUCAGGUGUUUCAUCUGUCAAGCUGUUCAUGCUGCUUGCCAGUUACUAAUAACUCAUUUAAGACUUGACCAUAGUUUCUAUCCAAGCACCAGGUUUAAGUUGGUUUGUGCACAAGAUCGUUGUA